AUAUUCAGGUAGAGCCGGCUUGCCAGAGUGUCAGCCAUGGAGCCACCAAAGCUGAUGCGAAUUGACAGUCAAAAGAGGAAGUUCCAGGAUGACCAGGACGAGGGAAUGGCCUUUUCAGGAAAGGAACUUCCUGAUGGUGCAUCUGCAGGCAAGGCGCAAAAAGAAGCAGAUCAGCUGGCGGAGGCGAUCGCCAACGAUUACGUGCCCAAGGUGCCUGAUGUGGACAAGCCCUUUGUGGGUGCCAUGCCCGUGUUGCUGAAGAAGCCCAGGAUCUACAAUGAUGAUGAAACAUGCCGCAAUACUCGAGUGGCAUCUCAAGCGAUCACAAAAGCAAUCCAGAAAGCAGAUGGAGUCGUGCUGGUCUUUGCCCAGGAUGUCUCGCGCACUGCUUGUGCAAAGUCCAUGUUGGAGCAUGCCUGUGAUUCCGAGGAUGCGGUCGCAAAGGCGCCCAUCAAAGUUGCAAUGGCAAGUGACUGGCAGCACACCUUGCCCCUCACAGAGACCAGGCUGCAGGCUGUUCCGAUCUUGGAUGUGGCGCACCCACUCCUCAUCUACGUAGGCACUCCUGGAAAAUACGCCACCAUGUGCAUACGUUCCGAUCAUGGCCAGUUUGAGAAAGCCUACCAGAAUGACCGCCUGAUCAUCCUCUGCAAGGGAGCAUGCAUGCUUCCUAUCGGAUCGCAAGAGCAGAACAUCUACGGCCUUGAUGAGAACGAGGUCUUGAAAUCUAUCUGCCAUGAUCUGAAGGAAAAAGGUCGAAUCGCAUGGGGUUUGGGGGCUGGCACGAAGACGGUCUUCCUGCAGAAGGCUUUUGGCUACGACAAGGCUCUGCCGAUGCCGCCCCCGUUGGCCUUUGCUGAAACUAGCACGGGAGGCUUUUCAUGUUUGGCGGACUACAUUAAAUUCACCAACCAAGUGAAGAUGGGCAGUCCCGAGAUGACGGUGAAAAACUAUUAUGACACGGGCCUCACUGUGUCGGUGGUCAUGGCUACGGUGGUAAACCAGGGUCUCUCGCUCCUCACCGACGGAGACGGCCUGGCGAUGUUGCGAGACGCCAGUAUCGGCCACAUCAUCUCCAAGCUGAACCAGGUGAGCACCGUCGAUCAGUACACAAGCACGAAAAGUGUCUACAACUUCUUCAUUGGAGAUGGAGCCAAUCGCCUGAACGGCGGCGUCGAGCUGACCAUGCACUUGAUGGAAGGCGUCCCCUCGCAAUCCCAGACCACGGUAUUUGUAUUCAACAAUCAAGUUUGGGCUAUUGAGGACAACCUCGUGGCAAGCAACGAGAAAGAGCAUGUGCUUUUCAACUCCCAGUUCUACACCAUUGUUGGCACCCACAAAAGCGUUUGCAUUUGUGAGACUGAGCAGGACUUGAGAGAAAUUUUGACCUACCUGAGUGAGCGGACCAUCAAGUUUGUGGCGGGAAAGGUUAAGCCAGGAAUACACAUGGUGAUUGUUCGCGGCCUGAAAACCAACCUUCCCCCCGUGAUUGGGGACAUCGAGCCCAUCCGCAGUUCCAAGGAGAUGGCAUUUUUGAGGGAUGUUCUCGGGAGCUUUGCAGCUGGCUGCGAGUCACGAGUGCCGCUGUAUGGUUGCUCUGCGUUUGAGUACAUCCAAUACUUGCACAUUUUCCUUGAGCAGAUGCCUGAAGGCAAGAAGUAUCAGUACAUCUGUGGAAGAACUGACAUCCAGGCUGCUCAUAUGAUGGGCUUCCAGCAGCCGGAGGGCAAGUGUGUGCUCUUCAUCAACGAUGUCUACGGCGUGAAUUCGCUCGGAGAGAGUCUUCGCUUCGUUUUGAGUGGCUUCGGUGGUCGCCAAGUGCUGGUGCUCAUUUGGCAUCCAUCUGUGCUGAAGGUCUUGGACAACUUUCAUUUGCACCGGCCACCCAUGGUAUGGCCUUCACUCGGACCGACGCUGGCAAAGUUCUACGUGCGCAAGGAGAGCGAUGCGUUUUUUGCAGACUGGGAGGGUGAUGGACGAGUGACGCAGCGAGUGAAACAUCAUCUCGAAAUCGGCACCCCGCUGGUGAUGGUGAACUUGAUGCCGUCUCAGGAAUGCAAUUACAUCCAGCUGGACACCCGUAUCAAGGUGAAGGACUAAAUGACUUUUGCUUCCAUGCCAAACUGAGUGGUUUGGCAUGAGCCGAGGCUGGCAUUUGGCUGUGUCAAAAGUGUUCCUUGUCCCCCCAACA